AUUGCGGAAUUGUUCAACAACCAGGCCCGGUUCUAUUCCGAUGCGUGGCCAACUUAUCCUGGCGAAUGGUUUUCGAUGCUGGCUCAACACACCACCCGCCAUUCUCUAGCUUGGGAUGUUGGCACCGGCAACGGCCAAGCUGCCAUCGGCGUAGUUGAGCAUUACAAAAAAGUAAUAGCAACCGAUGUAAGCAAAGAUCAAUUAAGUCAUGCACAAAAACACCCAAGAAUUCAGUAUAUUCACACACCACUCUCCAUGUCUGAUGAAGAACUUGUGUCAAUUGUUGGUGGUGAACAUUCUGUAGAUUUGAUCAUUGUUGCUGCUACAGUUCACUGGUUCGAUCUCCCAAGGUUCUACUCGAUUGUAAAUCGUGUGCUAAGGAGACCAGGAGGCAUAAUAGCAGUUUGGGCCUAUGAAUUAAUGAAUGUAAGCCCUGAAUUUGAUCCAAAAUUUAAGAGUUUUCUUGAUUCAACACUUCCUUAUUGGCAUCCAAAUAUUAAAUUUGUGUUUAAUGGGUACAAAACGCUGCCGUUUCCUUUUGAAAGUGUGGGAUUAGGUUUAGAAAAUGAACCAAUUGAAGUUGAAAUACAAAAAGAUAUUUCAUUUGAUGGGUUUUUGGGAUUGCUCAAAUCUUUAUCAGCAAUUAACACUGCUAAUGAAAAAGGAGUUGAUUUGUUACCACAAAAAUUGGUUGAAGAAUUUGAGGUAGAAUGGGGAGGGCCUAAAUUGGUUAGACGUGUUAUCUUUAAGGCGUUUAUGCUUGUUGGUAAGGUGAAGAAUACAAAAAUCUAAGUGAAUUUGGUUUGAUCGAAGAUUUUAAGUCAGCGAGUGCAGAAUAAUAUAGUAUUGUAUUAAUUUCUUAUUGCAUGAUUAAAUGCAGCAUAGUAUGAAUAUGUAUGUAUUUAAGAAUAAUAUUGUAUUGUAUUAAUUUCUUAUUGCAUGAUUAAAUGCAACAUAGUAUGAAUAUGUAGGUAUUUAACAAGUUUUGAAAGAUAAAUAUAUGCCAAGGGGCGUAU